CAUUGCUUAAGAACUCACAACCAAACCAAAGAUGGGGAAAAGAGGUUCCUCAAUGGCCUCUUUGGCGGUUGCCAUUUUGGCAACAUUGCUCUCUUUAACCUUGCCUUCUAAUGCCAAUGAGUAUCUCUACUCUUCCCCUCCUCCUCCGACUCCCGUUUAUCACUACAAGUCCCCGCCCCCGCCUCCUCCUCCGCACAAGAAGCCUUACCAUCCGCCUUACCACUACAAGUCUCCUCCACCACCUCCGCCCGUGUACAAAUAUAAGUCUCCUCCACCACCUCCACCGUACAAAAAACCAUAUCACCCACCUUAUCAUUACAAGUCUCCGCCACCUCCUCCACCUGUUUACAAGUAUAAAUCUCCCCCUCCACCACCGCCAUACAAAAAACCGUACCACCCUCCGACACCCAUUUACAAAUAUAAGUCUCCUCCACCACCGGUUUACAAGUACAAGUCUCCUCCACCUCCGCCACCUUAUAAGAAGCCGUACCAUCCGCCUACACCAAUUUAUAAGUACAAAUCUCCACCACCACCAUACAAGAAGCCGUAUCACCCACCCACACCGGUUUACAAGUACAAGUCUCCACCACCACCAGUGUACAAAUACAAGUCUCCUCCANCACCACCACCAUACAAAAAGCCAUAUCAUCCACCUACGCCGGUUUACAAGUACAAGUCUCCACCACCACCGGUUUACAAAUAUAAGUCACCACCUCCACCCCCACCAUACAAGAAGCCAUACCACCCUCCCACGCCGGUUUACAAGUACAAGUCUCCACCACCACCCGUCUACAAAUACAAGUCACCGCCUCCACCACCACCAUACAAGAAACCCUACCACCCACCAACACCAAUUUACAAGUACAAAUCUCCACCACCACCGGUCUAUAAAUACAAGUCACCACCUCCGCCACCACCCUACAAGAAGCCAUACCACCCACCAACACCGAUUUACAAGUACAAAUCUCCACCACCACCCGUCUACAAAUAUAAAUCCCCACCUCCACCACCACCGUACAAGAAGCCAUACCACCCUCCAACACCAAUUUACAAGUACAAGUCUCCACCACCACCUGUAUACAAAUACAAAUCUCCUCCACCACCGCCACACAAAAAGCCCUACCACCCACCAUACCACUACAAGUCUCCUCCGCCGCCACCACCACCGAUCAAACCCUAUCACCCACCUCCAACCCCAGUAAAGCCAUACCACCCACCACCCGUCUACCACUACAAAUCUCCCCCGCCACCACCACCAGUCUACAUUUACACAUCACCCCCACCACCUCACUACUAGACACUAAUCUCAUCAAGGAAGCAAAAAGAGGAUGUCAGCAAAUAAAUGGCACGUCGAUAAGCGUUAAGAAUUGGAACAGGGAAGCCUGGAGGGUUGUCGUCGUUACUGGAGCUUCAUAACUGUUGAAUUUGCUGUUGUUUUAGGGUUUGUCUUGUUUUUUUCUUUUCCAUGUCAUUUUAUUAGUUGUAAUGCACUAUAUAAUAUAUAUAUAUAUAUAUAUAUUAAAAAUAUGUGCUUCAAAAAUCAGAGGUUGCUCAUUUCCCAAUAAAAAAGGUCUGUUUUUU